UUAUUUUGCCAACUAAACUUGAAAUUUUGCUUUGGUUAGUUUUCAACUAUUUAUAUUCGUUUUGGUUAAUUUUAUGGAGUGUCGCGUAGGUAUAUCUGCCAAGAACCCAAUCCUGUGGUGCAUCGAAAAGAAAUCUUCAAAGGCCAAAGAACUAGGAAAUUGGAAAUGUCAUUGUGUAUCAUCGUUUCAAAUUUGGAAAUGAGUUUUUCUUCAACGUUUCAAUAUGGAUCGUGAUCAGUUAACGUCUUCCCUACUCAUUUCGGGCUUAAAAGGAAUACUGCUCAAUCGGUGCUUGAACGGAAUUUGGAUUCAGAGGAUCAAAAUGUCCUACUGAGCAAUUGAGCAUCUCGAACGUUUCCUAUCAAAGACUGAAUAUGAGUGCUUCAGGCGGUGGAUUCUCCCUUGGAAUGCCAACCAAUACCGGCACACCCGUAUUGGGAAGCGCAGCUACCGGAUUAGGUACAAAUCCUACAACUCAAGCGUCAGGUUUCACCGGAUUUAAUUUCCCAGCAACAUCAUCUACAGGAUUUUCUUCAACUCCUGGUACAUCUACGACAGCCACGACUGCACCUACUCUAAGUUUUAGUGUCAAUCCUACUACAACCGCUUCAGCUACCACAAGUUCGUCCACAUCAUUCAAUCCAUUACUUCCAGCAGCAGCAGCGAGUACCAGUAAACACGUUACUUUUUCGUUCCCAUCUUCUACUACGGCGACAGCUUCUACGACAAAAUCGAGUACAGUGUCUUUAACAAAUCCUCUUACUUCUAGUUCCAUCGCUUCAACUUCAUCUACUGAUUCUGGCGAUAGACCGAUUAAUUACCUACAACUGAAGGAUCUUACUCAUAAAUGGUUUGCUGAUUUUGGCGAUUUACAGAAAUCUCUUAUGAAUCAAACUGUCGAAAUUGUGAAUCGAGAUGUUACAUUAACCGCUAAUCAUGAUAAAAUUGAGCAAUUUGUGAACUCCAUUCGAAACCUGAAAACAGAACAAACUCAAGUUGAUCAACAAUUAGAUUUUAUUCUUAGUCAGCAGAAAGACUUAGAGGAUGCUCUUUCAACGCUAGAGGAUGAAGUGUCGUCUUAUUACCCCGAGCUUUCAGCCGAUGAUAUGUUCAAAUUGGCCGAAAAUAUUGAUUCGAGAUUGAAGAAAACUUUGGAAACCUCCAAAGAAAUAAUUACCAAAAUAAAUGAUAAGAAUCGUUCUUCUGAAAACGUCACAAAUCCUAUGGUGGCCAUAGGACGAAUCCUGAAUCAUCAUACCAACUCUAUUCACAUGCUGGAGAACUCAACGACUGAAGCGCAAGCUAAGCUGAACGAUCUUUUGAAAUUAUAUCAACAAUACGCUUAAUUUAAUCGUUAAAAAUCGUUCGUGGUACAAGAUUUUAAUUUUUGAUGUGUCCUUUUCGUUUUAUUCCAUUUUAUUUUCGCAGUAAACCUUGAUUUUUUAAUCGAAGGCAAAUGUUCCAUUUCUUUUAUAACCAGCCUAGUUAUUAUAUAAAUUACAUUUUCCUUAGCAAUUUGAAAAAUUACUUUACAUUGGUGUUCGGUUGAAAUCUUCCUUAUUAGUUUAUGCCAAAGAGGAGUAGAAGUUGCUCUGAUAUUCGAGGCGUCUCGAUAAUCAAGAGCACUCGCCAUAACCCAUUAAAAAGGGACAGCUCCACGCAAUUCAGCCUAUUAGAACCGGAAUGUGUUUACGUUCCAGGCUCUCCAUUCGAACCCUCGUCGACGCUGGACGAUUUUGACUUGGAUGACGUUGACGUUCCAUCGUACGAUAUCGAGCGACAAAUAAAAAAGAACGAAACCCUAUCGAAACUAAUUCAUUCUUUGAUUCUAGAAAAACAAGCUCGAGAGAAACGUCAAUCGAGUUUGGAAAAAAGUCAACAAAGUUCUUCGAAAUUUUCCAGCGACAUUGGAGCUAGUACAAAGAAGCCAUCGACGGACCAAUUAUCGGUUUCAACUUUGAAGACGAGACUGAAAAAGGAUAAACCUAUACCGAGUAAUAUAACCGACGAUGACAUCGAAUAUAUGCGAGAAAUUAUUCGUAUAGAUAAAGGUCUACCGAGCACGAAAGAGAUGAAGAAGAAAUCCGUCGAUGUUCACAAAAUGCCCAAAAUACUACCUCGGCCAACGAAACUUUCGCAGUCUCGUUACCAAUGUACUCGAGCUUCGUAUCCCAGACCGAGAUCGGUUUCUUGUCGCGAUGAUUCGAGUUGUCAUGAAAAAUCUAUCGAUGAUUUUAAGUCGCCUGAAGACAGAUGGGGCGAAGAAGAUUUACGUAGAUUGAAAUACUUGGCCGAAAGUCAUAAAAGCAGCGAUCCAUCGUACAAGUAUAAUCGAGUAUUUACCUUACGCUAUCAGCACAAUAAAGGCACCCCUGAAAUGCCGGAUAGUUUUCGACGAUCGUAUGAACGUUACAAUAAGCCUUUGUUUCGUUUAGUGAAGGAAUUAGAAUUACCUAAAAAGUACCUAAUGCCCAAGUUCGCCGAAAACGAAGUUUCCUUGUUUGGCUUAGUAAACGAUGAUGUACGUUUUCGGGUAGAUGGUCGUAAAAAAGAAACGGAAGAUUGUAUUAAACAACGAAAACAAAUUGCCAGACGAGGAAGAGUUCUCCGAAUGAUUAAUGUUAAACCUACCGGUCCUAAAAUUCCUUGGAAUUACGGUCGAGUAAGAUCGUGUUCACCUUUGUCAAGAUACUAAAUUUUAUACAAACCAUUUUCCACAAAACCAAAACUGCAAAUAAAUAUAAAAUAAUUUUACUCUA